AUGAUGACGAUGAACUCUUUGGCCGAGACCCUGCUGGUGGGGCCGUCGGACCCGUCCAAGGCGGGCUUCCUGGACUUCGGGCUUGGGCCCCCGCCCUCGCCGCAGCAGCAGCCCCAGCCCCAGCAGCAGCAGCACCCGGCCGGCCUGGCGCCCCCUUACACUCUGCAAGCCUUGCACCCCUUGCAGCCGCCGCAGCAGCAACAGCAGCCGCUGGACGGCAGCGCGUUUCCUCCCUCUGCCGCCUCGUACGGCAGGUCGCUGGCUUAUCCCCGCUAUCCCGGGGCGGCCGGGGGCAGCCCCCACGCCUUCUACCACCACCACCAUCACCACCACGGCGCCUCCUACUCGCCUUACCAGCAGACCUCCAGCGGCCUGGGCCACGGGACGAGGCUGGAGGAGACGGAGCUUGAGAAGUCCACCAUCAUCGAGAAUGGAGAAAUCCGCAUCAACGGGAAAGGGAAGAAGAUCCGCAAGCCACGCACCAUCUACUCAAGCCUCCAGCUUCAGGCCCUCAACCAGCGCUUCCAGCAGACACAGUACCUGGCACUUCCCGAGCGGGCAGAGCUGGCAGCACAGUUGGGCUUGACCCAGACGCAGGUCAAGAUCUGGUUCCAGAACAAGCGUUCCAAGUUCAAAAAGAUCAUGAAGCAGGGCUCCAGCAUCCAGGAGGAUCACCUCCAUGGUUCCUCGUCUUUGUCCCCUUGCUCCCCCAACAUACCCCCACUUUGGGACAUCCCCAUGGCAUGCAAAGGAGCACCGCUGCCGCACAGCAGCUACAUAAACAGCUUUGGACCUUGGUACCACCAACCCCAACACCAAGACACAAUGGGGAGGCCUCCAGUGAUGUGA